UGGCAUUGCAUUGGCCGCCCAGUCAGGGAGCCUCGAAGAGAAGGAGGAGGAGGAGGAGGGGAAGAAGGAGGGAAGGAGGGGCUCUCCAAAGCAGCAGGGCGACAAGAGCCGGGGGGCCGCCCAGCCCUGCAGGAAAAGCCCCCCAUUCCCCUGCAGGGGGUCCCCAAAACAGAGCCUAGCACCCACCCCCCAAAGAGGAGCUCUUUGUGCGAAGCCGAACUUUUCUCUCCCUCGUUGAAGCCGUGGAUGCGAAGGGAACCCCGACAAGAUGCCUGUCAGGAGGGGGCAUGUGGCCCCCCAGAACAUCUACUUGGAUACAAUCAUCCGGAAAUUCGAAGGGCAAAAUCGCAAGUUCCUCAUUGCCAAUGCACAAAUGGAGAGCUGUGCCAUCAUUUACUGCAAUGAUGGUUUCUGUGAGAUGUUUGGCUACUCCCGGGUGGAGGUGAUGCAGCGGCCAUGCACCUGUGAUUUCCUCAGAGGGCCUGACACUACACACAACUCCAUUGCACAGCUGGGCCAGGCAUUGCUUGGAUCGGAGGAGUGUAAGCUGGAGAUUCUCUACUACAGAAAAGACACAUCUUGCAUCCGAUGCUUGGUGGAUGUGGUUCCUGUGAAGAAUGAGGAAGGUGUUGUCAUCAUGUUCAUCUUGAACUUUGAGGAUCUAGCAGCUAUCAUAGCUAAAAGUGCUCGACAGACUCUACAUCAGCGUCUUUCCCAUGGAUGGAGAUCAGGUAAGAGCUUGAAGUAUAGUCUCCCACCCCUGCAGCAUCUCGCACUCCGGCGGAAAUCUGUGACUACCACUGAGUUUGAUGGAGUAGCCAUUGACUGUGGAAAGCCUGGAGGGGACUCCUUCAAAUUGAGGGAGUUGAAGAACCUGCCUGUGGAGAACUAUGCGCACUCCGAAACAGAAGCACUCCUGGGGAAAGAGAGGCGACCAAGCCUGGAAACUGCAGCUGACCCCGAAGUACACACCUUACCCCCAAUGCCAGAGCUGUCUCCCCUCAGGCCUCAAGAGCCACACCUUGCCAGGGGUCUGGGCCAGCUCCAGCCAAGGGGCAGAUUCCAUACCCUCCGCAAGGUCUCCUCCUUGGAGAGUUUGGAGGUCUCAAGUUCUGAGUUCCAGAGAAAAUUCAGGGAAAGAAGGGCAAACUCAGAUUCAUCUCAUGUCAAGACCAGCCAGAAUUCCACAUCAGAUUCUGACCUCAAGUAUAGAACAAUUAGUCAGAUUCCACAGUUCACCCUCAACUUCGUAGAAUUCAAUCUAGAGAAGCACCGCUCAGGUUCCACCACAGAGAUCGAGAUCAUAGCACCCCACAAAGUGAUGGAGCGAACCCAAAAUGUAACGGAAAAGGUCACACAGGUCCUCUCACUGGGAGCUGAUGUACUCCCCGAAUACAAACUGCAGGCACCACGCAUCCACCGAUGGACCAUCUUGCACUACAGUCCAUUCAAGGCAGUAUGGGAUUGGCUCAUUCUGUUGCUGGUCAUCUAUACAGCUGUCUUCACACCCUAUUCAGCUGCCUUCCUGCUCAAUGAAGAGCAAGAGGAGAAGCUCUCCGAAUGCAACUAUACAUGUGACCCACUCUACAUCAUUGACCUCAUUGUGGACAUCAUGUUUAUUGUUGACAUCAUCAUCAACUUCCGCACCACUUAUGUCAAUAUCAAUGAUGAGGUAGUAAGCCAUCCAGCCAAGAUUGCCAUCCACUACUUCAAGGGCUGGUUUCUCAUUGACAUGGUGGCUGCCAUCCCCUUUGAUUUGCUCAUCUACCGCACUGGAUCAGACGAAACAACAACGUUGAUAGGACUGCUGAAGACAGCACGGCUGCUCCGCCUAGUGAGAGUAGCCCGCAAGUUGGACCGCUAUUCUGAGUAUGGGGCUGCUGUGCUCUUCUUGCUCAUGUGCACAUUUGCCCUCAUUGCCCAUUGGCUAGCCUGCAUUUGGUACGCCAUUGGCAAUGUGGAGCGACCUUACAUGGAGCAUAAAAUUGGAUGGCUAGAUAACCUCGGUGAUCAAAUUGGGAAGCGCUACAAUGACAGUGACCUCUCAUCUGGACCCUCCAUCAAGGACAAAUAUGUGACUGCCCUCUACUUCACCUUCAGUAGCCUUACCAGUGUUGGUUUUGGCAACGUCUCUCCCAAUACCAACUCUGAGAAGAUCUUCUCCAUCUGUGUCAUGUUGAUUGGCUCUCUCAUGUAUGCAAGCAUCUUUGGCAAUGUCUCUGCCAUCAUCCAACGCCUGUAUUCUGGUACAGCUCGCUACCACACCCAGAUGCUGAGAGUUAAGGAGUUUAUCCGUUUCCAUCAAAUCCCCAACCCACUACGCCAGCGCCUUGAAGAAUAUUUCCAGCAUGCCUGGUCCUAUACCAAUGGUAUCGAUAUGAAUGCGGUGCUGAAAGGGUUUCCAGACUGCCUGCAGGCUGAUAUCUGCCUCCACCUCAACCGCACUCUCCUCCAAAACUGCAAGGCCUUCCGGGGUGCUACCAAAGGCUGCCUAAGGGCUUUGGCCAUGAAGUUCAGGACAACUCAUGCACCACCUGGGGACACCCUGGUGCAUUAUGGUGAUGUUCUCACCACUCUAUAUUUCAUCUCACGUGGCUCCAUUGAGAUCCUCAGGGAGGACAUCGUUGUGGCCAUUCUAGGGAAGAAUGACAUAUUUGGCGAACCAAUCAGUCUUUACGCAAGGCCUGGGAAAUCCAACGCUGAUGUGCGAGCCCUCACUUAUUGCGAUUUGCACAAGAUCCAGCGCGAAGACCUCCUGGAAGUCUUGGAUAUGUACCCAGCUUUCUCAGACAAUUUCUGGAGCAAUCUAGAGAUAACAUUCAAUUUAAGAGAUGCAGACAGUGUUCCUCGUUCACCACUCAGCGAAGAGUACGCCUGCAACUAUCGUCGGGCACGUCGCCAUAAGCGUUCCCUCUGCAAAGUCAACAAAAUCGACCCAGAUGGCUUGGACACCGGAAUCUCAGACCCAGAGCAGUAUCAUGCGUACUCUGAGCUGACCCAGCUGCAGCGCCCCCACAGCAAGGACCAUUGGGAUGAUAUGUGCAGUACUACAACACCGUGCUCCCAGACAAGUGAAGAGGAGGCCAAAGUGCCCAGCCCCACCAAGGGUGAAUCUUUCAUAUUGACUGAAAAGAACAACUAUGCACCAGCAGUGAUAAGCCUGAUUAGUGAUGACACUGAGAUUGACAAACUGAUGGCUGAUGACAGCCUACCCUUUGCAGCAACACCAUUGGAUGUAUCCAACCUGUUCACAUUCUGGGAGGACAAGAGGCCUACAUCCCUUACAGAGCCUCUCCAGCAUAUGUCCCUGGUACAUAGCCCUUUGGACAUGCACAGCCCAUUGGAGAUGCCUCCAAAUUCUGAUAAUAGACCACAACAGAUUGAAUCCAAAUUGGAGUGCCUCCAGGCACAAAUCAGCAGAUUGGAAUCCAGGAUGUCUUCUGACAUGAAUCUCAUCCUGCAGCUGUUGCAGCGACAGCUGUCUCAAGUGCCACCUUCAUAUAGCUCCAUCUCACCCUCCUCCCACAAUUUGGCUUUGUACAACAUGGGCCUGAGGAGCACAGAACCUGCCUCACCUGUAGGAGAAGAGGAGCUGACUCCCACAAAGGAGAAUCCAAAUUACUCUGAAACUGAAAAAACCCAGCUGAAAUCCAGGGACUCCUUGUCGAGUGGUGUACACCUAACUGUGGCUUCAGAUGAAACCAUGACAAUCAGUUCAGAGCAAGAGCACUACCCACAGAUCCUGCCAAACCAAGAACCCCACCCGAGGGCACCAGGUGAACAGGGACUCUUCCGAGGAUCUCGUUUCCCUUCCCUUCCUGAGCACCUUGAGGCACCUUCGGAGCACUUGGACAUUCAGAGACAUCUCUCUGACCCAUUGCUUCCUGCAACUUAGGAAUCAAAUUCCAGCUCAGAGCCCCAAGCAAGAGGAAGUUGAACUGACAAGCUACUUAGCUGAUUUUAAUUGUUGCACUUGGAAGAAGAUACCAAUGGCUCAGGAGAUUACUCUUAGCCAUCUCUUGCCCUCUCUGAAGAGAGUGAAAUUUUAAAAAAUGGAGUGGCUUCCAAGACCAUUGAUCUCAGAAGUGAUACUCCAUAAAGUAGACUUCAGGUGCACAUUUUCUCCUCACCAGUUCUGAGAGGAGUGACAUGUAUAUGCUGACUGACGUUCUCUUCCACACUCUCAAUCUUGCGUCUGUUGGCUGCAAGCAAUGUGAUGCCAGGGUUUACAUUCACUUGUCUUUCUAGCAUGGUGGGACACAGAUGCAUUUCCAUACUUUAGUCAUAUAAUAUUGAGAUAUUUUUUCUGGAAGAGGAGAUUGAUAAGUGAAAAAAAAUCUUCAGUUGUAGGCUACAAAAGAAUGAAUGUAACUUUCUUUGAUGUAUCUAGUAUCAGAACCCUAUAAUUCAUCAGGUAUGGCCCUGUAAAGGAAGGAAAAUUAAAACAAGGCCAUCACUUUCAACAUGAGGACACACUAAACCAUACAUGUUCUGCUCAUAGGGAGGACCACUUCGUGUGUUUGUUUUUCCUUGCAUGGACAUUUUCUCUGUAGAAUAAAAACUACAGGAUGAAAGGGAAAAGUGUUCACUUCAGUCCCAUACAGGGAUUUCAAUAGGAAUUUUGAACCUUCUGUUUCUAUUCACAUCCCUGACUACAUAGUUCCUACCAAUGCUUUAAAUCCCCAGGCAUUAAAUUAAACUAUCCCUGUGUAUAGGCCUGAUUGUAUACACGAUUGUGCAGAACUCUGUUCCACAGAAUUCUGUGGCAUUUUAAUACCAAAUAAGCUAUCAUAGGACUGCUGUUUCCAAGUAAACUUAUGGUUCUCCUGAACACCCUGCAACAACCAAAUCGGAUCCUAAGCUACUAUUGACCCAUGCUCUAUCUACUGAAUUUUUAAAAUAAAAUUAACACUCUUCUCAUGAACUUUGGGAAAGAUACUGAGUGGAGAAAACAUUCCAAUUUAGCUAACUUUGUACUACAUUUCAGGAGAAGUCUGUCUUGUACUUAGCCACUCGCUGAGAAUAACUGAUCUUCUG